GCUGCUGGUGAGUUUUGCUUCGCAGUUGCGCCGAACGGCGGGAGAGGGCUGCCCGACGGAACGGUGGCGGCCAACUUGCCGAUGUCGCGAGGCACAAUGAGCCGACGCCGCCGCGUAUAGCGACGAGAGCGUGUGCACGACGGAGGAGAGACGGCCUCUCAACCGGCAGCGCUUGAUCGUGCGACGGUUAGCCGGAUGGCUGCCCUGAUCGGAUCGAAAUCCCAGCUAGUGUGUGGCUACACUAGCAAUCGCGUUACGCUGAGACUGCCGAGCCUGGCCCAGAGAGGCAGCCUCCGGGCCUCACGCGUCGACACGAGGUGCCCAGGACGCCUAGUGGUCGCCCGCGAGCGCACGCCGCCGGGAGAGAUCGUACCUUGGGUGCUUGGGCAGCCCCUGGCCGAGGAGCAGCACCGACGCCGCGGCGGGCGAGGGGCGCCACCGCGACGACGACGAUGCGGACGAUGCGCGUCGCAUGGCUCCUCCUCCUCACAACGACACAAACGACCGCCCAGUUCGUCGAGACGUCCGAACAAUAUAAAGAAGCCAUGGAGCUGUCCGAGGCGACUUUGCAAGAUGAAAUCCGGAACACGAAGGACACGCAGGACCACUUCUAUCCCGCGCGCUUGUUCUUUGACCGGGACCAAUAUGUUUUUAGACCGCCGCAUCCGCAGUUGUAUGCGAUCGGCAUGAUCGUCGACCCGUGCGGCUGCAUGGACGCGCCGGAUACGUGUGUGCCCGAUUGCUGCGUGCAUCGCUUUGGCUCGGCGGUGUAUCCUUGGGUGAAGCGCGAGCUCGUGGAUUAUUACCCGCGCGUGCCGACCUCGAAAUUUGAUCAUAUGUUACUGGCGCCUCCUGGUGAAAUUUUAGCGAAUGUGAACUUGGUGGAUGUCUACGGCGGCGAGAUCGAAGAGGGAGAACUGAGACGAGCGGACGACGAGGUUUUUUUAGAUGAAGGGUGUGACGGCAUCGCUUCCGAACAGGGCGAAUACUUGUAUAGAUUGGGCGAGGAUGGGUUACUACGACCAUUAUCAGAUAAGACACAUUGCCAGGGCAUGCGGUUGGGUAAUAGGCCCUUCCCCAUCAAGCCCAAUUGUAGUGAUAACAACGCGACGGUCGAUGCCCGACAGCCGUGCACGGACAUCGAGACAGGUAUCACUCGACCAAAUUGCGUGCAAGUGGGCAUCGCCCAGACCGCAGUGGUUAUUAAUUGUGGCACAUCCCCGAACCCCGACGAUCCCGACUUUAGCGAGCAUCAGCACUGCGGCACGUUCCUCGAGAUUCAUCGGGAGAACGGCUCGCCGUACCACCCCGAUGAGGAGUUUAUCAUCAAUGAACAGCGCAUCACCUCCACAAACAUCAGCGGAUAUACCACACAAACGAUAAACAUGACGUAUGGGAUUGGUGUCACAGACAAAAUACUGUGCAACUAUGCGGAAUCUACGAUGCGAGUAGGCAGCAUGGUCUUCGUGAAGGAACAGUCGCCCUGGUGCUGCUGCCCGCCGGCGUUUAAUAACGAGGACAAGACGGGCUAUAGCUACUGCCCCAAAAACGCGUACGAAAACACGGUGGGACCCUGGGCCGCGAAGCUCACGAGCCUAGACCACUUCAAGCAGAACGACGUCGCCGUCAACUCGUAUCCCUACUGCCCGGUCAUGGACGAAAACGAGGACAAAAUCAUGUGCGCCGACUACACGUACGACUGGGGCCAGCGGCGGAAUUACAACCAGGAGUGCCCCAAGACCGAGAACAUGACGGAUAUAUAUGUGGAGGAGCAGGACGACAUCCAGGAGUGCGCCGAGUACGACGAGGACAACCCGAACGAGUGCAUCAAGCCCAUCGCGCACGGCGGCGACGAGGGCUGGGUCCGUUUGACGUUGAUGGACUGCCCCGGGACCAUCGAUCGGGAGGGCAAGUACCCGUCGGGGCCCGGCACGGACGCGCCGAACGCGAGAAGGCCGCAGCACAACGAGUCCUGGAUUUUUCGGUUCGGCGCGGGCGGCGCCGAGGCGCCCGGCGGAGCGUGCUUCAAAGCGAUGGUGCCGGGCGACCUGACGGCGACGCCGCCGAUCUUUCCGCAAGAUCGGUCGGACUUGUUUCCUACACGCUACGCUUCGCAUUAUUUGAAAGGGAAGAGAUAUAAAGGAAGAUGCUUCUUCUUCCCGGGGUGCGCGGCGCACCCCGACCGGCAGGGCUUAUUUGCGGACGGCGCCACGGGCAAUUAUCAAAGGGAACGACGCUGGGACGAAGAGAGAAAACGGUGGGACAAGGAGGACGGGCCUCUCGGGAACGACGGUUGUCUGGCGGACUGGGACGCCUGUUCCGAAGGCGGCGACUGCACCUUCAAUGACCGGGACACGAAGUUUUCGUUCGUGGGCAUGAUGGGUCAAGUUUCGUGUAUGCCGACGGCUCGGACGACGUGCGUGGACAUGAUGGAGGUGCAGUAUGAUAAUGACGAGGAUUAUAUCCUCGUGACGUUCAAUGGAGGCAGGACGCACUACCCGUUCCGAACCAGUGAUGUGGAGCUCCACCAGCCGCGCCACAACUACCAGAUCUGGUGGGUGCAGCGCACGAGGUACAACUUCGUCGUGCAGCAGAAGAAGGCGUUUAGGGUCACGGAGCCGACGUGCACGUUCGACUCGGUGAACGACCGCUACUUCCCCUACACGAUGGUGCGCGAGGACGGGAGCUACGUGGAUACAUUCUAGUUGUUUA